AUGUUAAGCGAUAUUGAUGAUGAUUUAAUUUUACCAAAUAUUCGUCAAUUACUUGCAUCAUUUGAGCUCAUAUGUCCCGGAUUAUAUAGAAUUCAUUGUCAUGAUUCAAUCCAUAUUUUAAAUGAAAUAAUGUGUCUGGCCGUAGAAUGGCUUAAUAUUCAACAAGUUUACACAGCUGAAGAAUUAUUAUCGAAUGAAAAUUUAUUUAAUAAUUAUGAAAAAAGAAUAAAUCAUUCGAGAAUGAUAUCAUUAACAGAUGAAACAGACAAUGAACAUGAGAUAGUUAAAUGUUACGGAAAUGGGAUUCAAGCAUUAAAAAAUCAACUAAAUCAAUUCACAAUGUUUUGUUUUGAAACAAAUACUUAUAUAAGAAAACCUGAUUUAGCUGUUAAAAUCAGCAACAAUCAUGAAAAUGAUUCUCUUCCAGUUGAGUUGAGUUAUAUAAACACAUACAAUAAUAAAAAUAUCUAUUCAUGCACAUAUAUUCCAAAACAUGAAGGCACAUAUAAAAUAUCAAUAUUUUAUAAAACUAGACCAUUAUUAAAACAACCGUACACUGUAUUGAUUCGACAUCGAUCAUCAUCAUCAUCAGCAACAAAAAUGAAAGUACAGCAACAAAACGAAAAAUCGAAUCAUCAAGAAGUCAUCAUAACACCAGCAGUACACGGACCAGAGAAAGAUGAAGAAUUUUCUGCUCUAUCAACCAACCUUUCUAUAUCAUAUAAUAGUUCGGCUUUUAUUUUUAAUUUUUUCUCAGGAAUUGAAAACACGUCUAUACAAGUGAGUCAUCCACAAUGGUUUGAAGUUGAUUGUAGUAAAUCAGAUUUGAAAGGUAGUUUAAUAGAAGUCAUUAUUGUCGAUUCACUCUCGAGUAAACCAUCGUCUUACGCACACGCCUCUAUCGAACCGCUUGGAAAUCAGAAAUUUCGCUGUGAUUACUCAGUUUCACAAGCAGGUCUCUAUAAUAUUAUUAUUUUUCAAGCUGGUAAACCUCUGUCAAUCAGUCCGAUAAAACUUUUAGUGAUAGAACCUCAAACAACAAUUUCAUCCUCGUCUUCUUGCCAGUUAGAUGCUCCACUCGAUUAUAAAUCACCUAUUAGUAUGAAAAAUAAUAAUAAUCAAAAAUUUUUUGCAUAUGGCCCGGGAUUACGAUGUGGUUAUCAAACCUAUCCAGCCGUCUUCUAUGUUGAUUUCAGCGGUUAUACCGAAGGUUAUUUAGAAUUUUUAAUAAAUAAUUCGCGUGUCACGUCUGUCGUUAACUACGAAAAUCAAUUUGCUGAAGUUUGUUAUUGGCCUGACAUUACCGGCGAUUUACCUCUACAUAUAUUAUUUUGUAAUGAAGAUCUUGAAAUAUCACCGAUUAUUUCGAAAAUAACCACACUCGCGAUCCCCAUGUCUUCUGAUCAUCCACCAAAAAUAUCUGUUAGUGGUCCCGGUUUUACACCGAAUGAUGAUGUUGUGAUCGUUGGCAAAGAAGUUGAAUUUAAAAUUAAUCUUGAUAGACAACAUGUCAAUUGGGAAUUGAAUGUGGAAAUAUAUGAUCAAGAUUACACCAUUGUUCCCAUCAAACUUCAAAAACAAAAUGAUUUAACAUACAUUUGUUCGUAUAUGCCGUCAAAAUUAUGUAAAUAUACGAUCAGUAUUGAUUAUGGUCAUAUUAUCAUUCCGGAGGGAAAUCCGUUCAGAAUUAGACCGUUAUCAAAACAAAUCGAACUAUCUGGACCAGCAUUUACAGAAAAAAUAUUAAGUUUACAUUCAGAAACCCAUUUCUGUUUGAAUUUAAAAGCUAUAACGCGCAAACGAAAAACAGAACAACAUUUAAAAUCAAUAUCUAUUCUCGGUAAAGAUUGUGAAAGUGGCUAUAGUUCGAAUGAUGAUACAACAUCCGCCGAGAAUACUGCAUUGUCAGAUAAUGAACCAUACAAAAUAACAAUUAGAGACGAGAAAGGACAAAUAAAACCAAUCAAUAUCAAUGAAUUAAGUAACGAUAAUUUACGUGUCAAUUUUACGCCUGAUUCAGAAGUGACUUACAUCAAUGUAUCUGUUAUGUGGUGA